CUCUCUUCUGCCUUCCCGCUGGCCUCUCCCUCCAUUCUGUCUCCUCAUUUCCCUCUGUGCUCUUGGUCUGACUGGCAUUUUUUCUCAGCUCCUUGCCCAGGUCUGUCCUUCCAUGCUGUCUUCAAGCCAUGCUUCCUGUACAUCUCCCAACCCAGACAAGGAGAACCCAAGUAAGAAGGUCCAGUGGACUUCUGAGAAAAGGAGGAGGACAUCAUCCUCAGACACAGACCCCUCUAAGAUAUCCAGGUCCAGGAGACCCAGCCGACUGACAGUGAAAUACGACCGGGUGCAGCUCCAGCGCUGGUUGGAUAUGGAGCAAUGGGUGGAUGCUCAGGUUCAGGAACUCUUCCAGGAUCAACCAGUCCCUUCUGAGCCUGAGAUUGACCUGGAGGCUCUCAUGGAACUAUCCACAGAGGAGCAGAAGACUCAGUUGGAGGCCAUUCUCCAAAACUGCCCCCGCCCCACAGAGCCUUUUAUCUCUGAGCUUCUCAGUCAACUCAAGAAACUCCGAAGACUCAGCCGGCCUCAGAAAUAAACCUGGAGAGAUUACCUUAGCAGCCUCAGUACCCUGGACCCUGGCUGAAAGGAAUAUAGUUCCUUGAGACACAGACAAGGAAUAUAAAGGACAGGGAGGGACAUUGGUACACCCUAGGUUAUGUGCAUAUCGCAGCUAGGCUGUCUGGGAGCCACUCAUUGCUGUUGUCCAGUGCUUUCCAUGUCAGCCAAGUGGAUAAAAUCUUUAGCAGCCCCAGCUAAAUGGAGUGUGGAGCAUAUUUGUGCAGAGGGACCAGGGGAAGGAAAGGGUGAAGUGAUUAAUUCAAAGACCAAUAUCCUAAGUCAUUAGGCUGUACCUACAUACCUGAUCCAUCCAUCCAUCCUCCAAAUGGGUCUUAAAAACUCAAAGAAAGUCAACAGCUUUGCUUUGGUGAAAUCACAAUCUAAUAAAGCCUGGAGGCCAAGCUGAGGACAGAUGGCUAAGACA